AAAAUUACAAUAAACAUUUGUGAUGUGACGUUCUGAAGAUACAAAACGAGAAUGGAACAAGUGUUCGCUACUGCUGACAAACUGUCAGAAGUAAUACGAAAUAUGCAACAAUGCUUACAAUGUACAAUUUGUCUCCAUACUAUAUCCGAACCCAUGAGAACUCGUUGUGGGCAUCGAUUUUGUCGUGAAUGUAUCCAAACGGUGUUGCAAAGCAGAAAUGCGCUCUGUCCACUGUGCAACACCAAUCUUCCGCGUCGUGGCAUUUCGAAGGACGAGUGCAUGGAAAUGUACGUCAACAAAUUAGAGGAAUUAAUCGAAGCAGUUAAACUGGACUCUGGCAUCGACAUAUCCUUGCACACCGCAAGACCACAAAGCACGCGGGAAAGCAGCUCGUCGGACCCCAUGGAGCACCAUAAACCCGACACAGAGGAGCACUACGGACCAAGUUGUUCGUACGUCGAGUCCGCGUUGAAAGCACCGCGUACUUCUCGGCCGAAAAGUUACGGGCGAACGCGUAAAAUGGUAUCCAGAAACAGCGAGGGUAAGAAGAACAGCACCGAGGGCAGCGAUAUAACGAAAUUUCUGAACAAAUAUGCCCUGUCGGGCAUCGCUGUUCUGCCUUCUAACGAAUCCAACGGCAGCGAGAAGAACUCGAUGGACGUCAAAGUACAAAAUUGGCUGGAAUCUUUGCCAAACGACGAACCGUUGGACGAUUUUAACAAAACCCAACCGAUGCACAACGAAUGCAAUCUCGACGAUACCACGAUGUCUUCCGUCUCCCAAAUCGACGAGAAAGCCAAAAAUGGCAAUUCCAAAUCGAAGAAGGCUGUUAUUAAAACGCAUCGAACGUAUUCUAAGGCGGAGAAUCGAAGAGUACUUCCAGGUACAUCGAGAUUGAACGACGAUACCAAAGAUCAGGAGAGAACAAUGGACGAACCAGCGCUGCUUCAUCGAGGGCAGCAUGUCGACAGGACGUCACCGUGCAACAUGCUGCCCUCGGUGAAGCAGAACUGGUCCAGCGUCGCGCGAUUCGGCAAAGAAUUACGGAAAAAGAAGCGAACGAGAAAGCUGAGGUCUUUGGACGUCAGCAUCGAGAACAAGAGCAACAGAUAUUCGCGAUCGCUCGACGAAAUUGAAAAGGAAGCCAUCAAAUCGGGACCAAUUAGAGACAAAGAGACGGACAAGGAAGGUAAUCCUUCCGAAAGCAUGGAGAAGCGUCUGCCAAACGAGCAAACACCCACGAAAGAGAAACACGACGCAUCUAUGCAAGAGAUCCAAGCUGAGGGGACGUCGUUCAUCGCGCUGAAAGAAGGCGAGCACGUGCACAUAACGAAAUUGAACAAUAGUCAGAUGAAGGACAUAAUCGGCGUCGCUGGUCCCAGCGAGGAUCGCAGAUACAAAAGCAGAACGAUGCCUCCGAAAACGUCGAUGGAGAAGGCUUUCGUCCGAUCGAACAACGCCAGUCCGGAUUUGUUGUGCGGGGACAGCUUCUUGGGGACGGAGGUGAUCGAGCAAACGCCCACCUGCAGCAGAUUGUCUCUGAAACGACGAAGCACCGACCCUAAAUCGGAAGAGUCUCGGAAAUCGAACGACGUAGCGCGGCUGGAGACCGUGAAACGCGACUUGUAUCGAGAAAUAGAUGAUGACGAGAGCGCCAGGACGAGAUUAACGUCGGAGACGAAGGACAAAUCCGAGGGAAGCAAUAGACCGGAUGCUGGUUCCGUGUACUCCACGAGUUCCAACGAGAAUAGGAACAAGAAAGAGGACAAAGGACAGAACAAAUGUUUCGUUACGUUCAAAAAGUUGGGCAAGGUUUACAAACGCCGUAAGAAACGCGUCGCUUUCUUGCAUUUGGGCUCGAUCCUGCCGAAAUCGGUUCACCAGGAGUAUUUGGAGCUAAGGUUGCAAAAUCCGUGCAAUUCGUCGGCAUUCCAGGACCUGAGUACUCAGAAACUAGCGUCUGAGUGUCGUUUCGGGAAUAAUACGCGAAUCUCGGUGAACGUUACGCCGCAGGAUGAAAUGGAGAGUAUUUUGCCAACAGAGGAAGAAGCUUCUGCGUUCGUUCAACCUGGACCAUCGAAUAUCGCGUCGAAACCGCCAGGUGUAUUGGCUAACCUAAGCGAGAGUCAGUAUCGAGCGUCCAACGAUGUAUUUUUCAUAACCUUGCCCGACAACGAGGAGAAGCAGCCUGAGGUUGUUGAAAAGAUAGCGCCCAAAACCGCCAUCAGGAUGUUAUCGCCAAAGAAGGACUCCCAGCUGAAGUUUCUUUCCUUGGAUUCGCCCAUCACCGACGAUCCACAAGUAUCCAAAAUGGCUGCUUCCAGCGCGAAGAGGAACAACUUCUCCGAUAUAAAGGGUGUGCAUUCGAGGGCUCUGAUACUCAGAUCUCAGCAAGUACGCGAAUCUUCGCAGCCCGAUUCGUCUUCCGCAUCGGAUAAAAAGCGGAAAAGGGCGGACGGCGGCGAUAAGCUCGAAGGAACAAAGAGGAAAUCGAUGGACGCGGAAGAUCUGCAAGAUGGCGGCUCCUGCCAUUCCGGCGAUAGUUUCUUCUCGAAGGCCACGUACGUGAAACGGCCGGCGAUCACCGAUACCGGAACCACCACGCCAAAGAAUGUUACGGUGGCUAAAGAAUUCCAUUCCAACUCGACCAUUCCCAGUACCAAGCCCUUGGAAACGGUGUUGCUGAGCUCUGAUACGGACACUGACAGCAGGGAGAGCCAGGAGAAGGACGGGAAGAAGGCGUUCAAGAGGAUUUCGACGUUGCGUGGUUCAGGCACGGAUUCUCUGGAACUUGUCUGUUUGGGCAACGAAGUAAACAGUGAUCAGGUCGCAGCGCCUCAGAUGACCAAACGGAAACGGCCGUUGUCUCCGGACUCCGACUGCGAUAUGGAGCUGAACGCGAUAGCGAGCAAUUGGUACAAGGACUUGAACGCAACCGAUAGGCACGCGAAGAAAGGAAAAGUGGAGCAAACUCGUGCUUCCUCGGCUUUUAUGCACGCGUCCAGCGAGACGAAAAAAGACUCAUUAACGACCAAGAUACCCAACAGAGUCUAUACCCCGAUGUACAGACAACCAUCUACGAUCGACGUUGGUUCGAGCUCCGAUGGACGAAGCUUUCGCGUUAAAAGGCAAGAAACUUCUUCUCAGAACAGAGGAACGUUCGACUCCGAUUCUCCGGACUUUGGUUCGACAGUGGACAGGAUAAGAGACAUACAAAAGCGGGCGACCGAGUCCAGCGACAAUAAUAAAGAUUCUGACCAGAGACGAGAGGCUAUGCUGCACGACAACUUCGACGAAAUAAUGGCCAACGUCGACACGGAAGCAAUACUCAACGAGUAUUCCAAGAGCAAGCCGCGAUCCCUGAACAAGGACGAUCCUGAGCUCCAUAAAUCUUGCAGUUCCGACAAGGAGAACAAAUACAAGGAAUCGGAGCCAUUGUACGAAAGUUUCAGCGACGAGGAGAAAACCCUGACGCCGGGAUCCGCGAACGUCGUCGAUAGGAAGAGAAACCCGAUGCACGGUGAUGAAUUGCAGGGGAGAGUGAGCAAAGAAUCAAGGAAGAAUAUUUGGGACAAGUCGGCAAGCGAUCCAUUAGCCGACAAUGACAAAGCGGUUGGGAACGCAAAUAUGGAAGCGACGAGUUACGAGCAUGAUUCUCUCAUGGACGUCACGCAACAUUAUUUGCAAAUUAAGCAAUUCGAGGAGGAUCUGUUUGGCAAAUCGACGAACCCCAAGAUGCAGCCUGAUAAGAAGAAAGAGACGAGAGAACAAAGAACUCCGUCCAAGAAUGCGAUCACUGGACUCUCCGGUGCGAAACGAACGGACGCCGAACACUCGGCCGAAGAAGACGACAUUGUCGAGAACACUCCUGACGACAAGAUGAAGACCGCCCAACCGACCAGCGCGACGACGAAAAGUAGUUCGAGUAUAUCACCGAUAUCGAGGGUCGGCAUGAAACAGUUUGCGAGGACUCCGUCGACGGUUGUUGGAACGAAUUCGAGGAGAAGCACACCGCUUUGCAAGAGGAGGAUCCAUCCUCUUUGCGAGAGCACGCCGAUAGCGCAGACGAGCAGGAAGAAUAAUUUCGAGGCCGGCACGAAGCGCACGGAAGAUAAGGGAUUCAAGUCAGCGACGAGUACGAACGAUAAACGAACGACGAACGUGUCGGGAAACAUUGUACAGAGCUUUGCCAGGCAAAGGUUGUGUUUCGUUUGCAGCGGUCUGGGACAGGCUCAAAUUGAACACGUGAAGAGGCUGGCAAGUAUCGUGAACGCGCGAUACGUGACUCAAUUCGAUCCCGAUGUGACGCACGUUAUCGUGAAAGCUGACAAGGAGAAUAACGGGGCCAGUAAAACGCUCAAGUACUUGCAAGGAAUCGCUUACAGGAAAUGGAUCGUCGUGGACCAGUGGGUCACCGAUUGCUUGAAGGAGAAGAAAUUAAUAAACAUGGAACCCUACGAGGCGGUGGACAACAGGACUCUCGAGGCUGGUCCUCGAAAGUCGCGGUUAAGGCAAAACAAUAAUUUAUUCGAAGACUUCGUGUUCCUCUUCAUCGGACCCUACGUGGACGUCACCGUCGAACAGUAUCAGGAGUUGCUACGUGCUAUUGGUGCCACUGUGGUCGAGACCGUGGAAGCCCUAGCUGUUGAAAAGAAGAGGUUGAAAGUUAUCGUGGUCCAAGCCAACUAUUACAACUACGAAAUCAUUGCAGGCUGGUACAAGAAGGCUCGUGCUGUGCCAGUUGCCCACGAUUGGGUAGUGGAGUGUAUCAGUCAGUACAAACUGAUAUCCUUGUAUCCAUACCUGCAGGAGUUGGCGCGACAAGAAGUUCUAGCUUUAAAUUUUCCAGAAUUCCUCGUCGAACAGCAAGAUUCUGACGAGGACUCGGAUGAUCCCACGAACAGCGACCACGUGAUAUAAACACAAAUUACUUAAAUCAAACAAGUUUACCAAAUAGUACUAUAAAUUUGAUACUGCAAAUAUGCAUCGGGCCUGUGAAUUAUUGUCGUUCAAGGUUUGCCUAAGUUUGAUAACAAAGAGUAUAUUUGUUUCUGCAGAGAAUAUUAUUAUCUUUAUACGUUCGAAGUUAUUCGUUUCGAUUAGAUACAUGUACAUAUAUAUGUUCGUUACUUUCUAUUUAAUACUGUUUAUCUUCUUUUUCUGCGCUGAUUCUUACAAAGCGAUUCAAGGUUCAAGGCUUGAACGGAAACGAUUUUUAGAUUAAUAAUAUAUGGUGUCAUAAAAUACGCGUUUAUAACUUUACUUUUACGCCUUGAAACUUUUCGUAACGUAAGAGUAUAGUGAGCAUCGCGAGCGGCGAAGCACGGACUUUUGUCAAUAUGUCCCUUACCUGGAACCUUAGCCAGGCACACACGUGCGUCGUGCAAACGUUAACAACGCCGUUGCUUAUUACUUAUCACGUUCAAUUUUCAAUUAGCCCGUGAAUAGGGAAUCGCCCAGUUUUUGGCCGCGGUACGGUGCUCUCGAAUUACCGCGGAACGCGAAACUUACGCGUGUGGGUAUUCUGUUCUAUCUCGUUUCGCGAGUUCAGUCGGAUUACCAUUUGAAUUUUUUAAUUACAAUAAACACGUGGAAUUCAGCUAGGUGUACGGUAUGUAGGACGAGUAAGUUGCUUACACCGUGCAAUAUGAUCAUUAUGGCUAGGAUCAGAGGCUGCGUAUUGCGAGGUACAUCGAGGCCGCUCACGUAAUCACCGAAACACGCCAACUAUAUUGAUUUGCCCGGGACCACCUGUAGCCAACUCUCGUUCCUUGUCUAGCGCCACACCAGCGGUUAUGAAUCUCCUCCAAUUGCUAGCAAGUGAGGAGAAAUAAUCACUGUAUAGCCGUCCGCGUAUUCCAAGUGCCUCUACAUAUCUGGCGGGUGACAUUAACCGGCCAUAUUUCACUUGUUAAAAAUGCAUCUUUCGAUGACCCGCGUUCGUCUCCUAAUUAUUAAGACUCGUUACACACGGAGGACAUUCGUUAAAUCAAAUAAUCGACCAUUUGUUUUGUAAAUCUCCUGUGUAUAAAUAUUCUUGU